UCUGGACUUCUUCCCGUACCGCCUGUGUCGACUAACUUGCGCAUGUUCUUCUUUAACCUUUCUCCAUCUUCCUCUAUCAAACUGGGGAUUAGGGUUCUUCUUCGAGACCCAACUCUUUUUUUUUUCUUCUUGUGACGAAUAGUUGCGUACUACUCAGCAGCUUUUAACGGUUAAAAAUCUCCAAAUUUUAACGCCGUAUCAUUCUCUUUUGUCUCUCAUGGAUCCUUCAAGACGACCACCGAGGGACUCGCCUUACGCGAAUCUCUUCGAUCUCGAGCCGUUGAGGAAGUUCAGAAUUCCGAAACCUGAAGAUGAAGUUGAUUAUUAUGGGAGUAGUAGCCAGGAUGAUAGUAGAAGCACUCAAGGUGGGGUAGUGGCAAACUACAGCAAUGGGUCUAAAUCGGGAAUGAAUGUGAGCUCCAAGAAGAGGAAGCGGUGGACAGAAGCUGAUGAUGCAGAGGAUGAUGAUGAUGACCUCUACAAUCGACAUGUUACUGAGGAGCACUACCGAUCAAUGCUUGGGGAGCAUGUUCAAAAAUUCAAAAGUAGGGCCAAGGAGUCUCAAGGGACUCCCACGCAUCUGAUGGGUGUUCCGGUGCUAAAAAGCAAUGGAGGCAGUUACAGAGGUAGGAAACCAGGGAAUGAUCACUAUGGGAGAUUCUAUGACAUGGACACCUCUCCAAAUUUUGCAGCUGACGUGAUCCCACAAAGGCGAGGAAGCUGCCAAGAUUGUGAUAUUACCCCCAAAAUAGCAUAUGAACCUUCGUAUUUGGACAUUGGUGGUGGUGUCAUCUACAAAAUCCCCCCAAGUUAUGACAAGCUGGUGGCAUCAUUGAAUUUACCAAGCUUUUCAGAUAUUCAUGUGGAAGAAUUUUACUUGAAAGGAACUUUGGAUCUGAGAUCAUUAGCAGAACUUAUGGCUAGUGAUAAAAGGUCUGGAGUCAGAAGCCGUAAUGGAAUGGGUGAGCCUCGACCUCAAUAUGAAUCUCUUCAAGCUAGAGUGAAGGCCCUAUCAUCUUCAAACUCCACCCCAAAUUUUAGCCUCAAGGUGUCAGAAGCUGCAAUGGAUUCUGCCAUUCCUGAAGGAGCUGCUGGAAGUACUGCACGGAUAAUUCUGUCAGAGGGUGGUGUUUUCCAGGUCCAUUACGUGAAGGUUCUGGAGAAGGGGGAUACAUACGAGAUUGUUAAACGAAGUCUACCAAAGAAGCUGAAGGCGAAGAAUGAUCCUGCAGUCAUUGAGAAAGCAGAAAGGGACAAAUUUAGAAAACUCUGGAUCAACAUAGUCAGAAGAGAUAUACCAAAAUACCAUAGAAUUUUCACUACUUUUCAUCGAAAACAAUCAAUUGAUGCUAAGAGGUUUGCAGAUGGUUGCCAAAGAGAGGUGAGAAUGAAGGUGGCUAGAUCAUACAAAAUCCCAAGGACUGCACCGAUACGCACCAGGAAGAUAUCGAGAGACAUGCUGCUAUUCUGGAAGCGAUAUGACAAGCAGAUGGCAGAAGAGAGGAAAAAGCAAGAAAAGGAAGCUCAAGAGGCUUUUAAACGUGAACAAGAGCUUCGAGAGGCAAAAAGGCAGCAACAAAGUCUCAAUUUUCUUAUUAAACAGACUGAGCUUUACAGUCACUUCAUGCAAAACAAGACCGAUUCAAAUCCUUCUGAAGCCUUGCCAAUAGGAGAUGAAAAUCUGAUUGACGAAGAGCUCCCAGAAACUUCAACCUCAGGACCUUCUGAGGUGGAGGAUCAUGAAGAGGCUGAACUGAAGGAAAAGGUCCUGAGAGCUGCUCAAGAUGCUGUGUCUAAGCAGAAGCAAAUAACAAAUGCAUUUGACACAGAGUAUAUGAAGCUACGGCAAACUUCUGAAAUGGAAGGUCCUUCAAAUGACAUAUCAGUUUGUGGCUCGAGCAAUAUAGAUCUGCAUAACCCAUCUACAAUGCCUGUUACAUCAACAGUUCAGACUCCAGAGUUAUUUAAAGGAACCCUUAAAGAAUACCAAAUGAAAGGCCUUCAGUGGCUAGUCAAUUGUUAUGAGCAGGGUUUGAAUGGCAUACUUGCUGAUGAAAUGGGAUUGGGUAAGACUAUUCAAGCUAUGGCGUUCUUGGCACAUUUGGCUGAGGAAAAGAACAUUUGGGGUCCAUUUCUGGUUGUUGCCCCGGCCUCUGUUCUAAACAAUUGGGCUGAUGAAAUCAGUCGUUUCUGUCCUGACUUGAAAACACUUCCAUAUUGGGGAGGAUUACAGGAACGAACAAUUUUAAGAAAGAAAAUCAAUCCCAAGCGUAUGUACCGAAGGGAUGCUGGCUUUCAUAUAUUAAUUACUAGCUACCAGCUAUUAAUCAGUGAUGAAAAGUAUUUUCGCCGGGUGAAGUGGCAAUAUAUGGUGCUAGAUGAGGCCCAAGCAAUCAAAAGUUCUACCAGGUUCGUACGUUUCCCUGGAUUAAGUUAAAUUAGGUUUGCUUGU